AUGAUUACUGUCAUUGGAAAUCUAUGUAUUAUUUUAGCUUAUCUAUUUAGUCUAAAUCUUCACACCCCUAUGUACUUUCUACUUACUCAUUUUUCUUUUCUUGAAAUUUGUUACAUUUCGGUCAAUAUUCCAAAGAUGCUUUCCAACUUGUUAUUUGAACAUAAGAUCAUAUCUUUCUAUGGCUGUGCUGUACAGGUCUAUAGCUUUGGAGUCUGUGGUGGGACAGAGUGUUAUUUAUUAGCGGCAAUGGCAUACGAUCGGUAUAGUGCAAUAUGUCACCCUCUUUUAUACAGCAUCAUAAUGAAAAGAGUGGUUUGUAUUCAACUUCUCAUCGGAUCAUAUUUGGUUGGCUCAGCAAAUUCUCUGCUGCAUACAGUUCUUACAUUCACUUUGCCUUUUUGUGGUUCUAAUAAAAUCAAUCACAUUUUUUGUGAUAUUCCACCAAUAUUAACCUUAGCAUGUGCUGACACCAUGAUUAAUCAGAUUGUUAUAUUUGUGACAAGUAUCUGUGUUGUGGUUGGUUCAUUUUUAUUAAUUUUGGUAUCUUAUGUAUAUAUUAUAUUGGCCAUUGUAAGAAUUCAUUCCACAUCCGGUAGAAAGAAGGCAUUUUCCACUUGCACUUCACACUUCACGGUGGUCACUAUAUUUUACGGUUCUGUUAUGUUUAUGUACUUAAAGCCUGAAUCCAGCAAUGCCAUUGUCCAGGACAAGUUGGUGGCAGUCAUGUAUACAGCUAUUGCACCUCUGUUAAACCCUUUUAUCUAUAGUCUAAGGAACAAAGACGUCAAAAUUGCUCUUGUUAAAAUGUAUCAUAAGCUGAUGGUCUCUAAGAAGCAUUUAUCAGAGUCUUGA